GAGAGGAGACCAGUACCAACGAAAAUAAAUAGGUCAAUAAUCUCAGACAUGGGAGACCAGAUGCGCUAUGCCAUCAGUGUCCGGAUUAUUGGAGUGAUGCAUAAAGAGGCAUCUAAAAUCAAGAUGUUUAUGACCUCUGUUCUGUGGUCUGAUGAGAGUGAAGUCAUUGUCUACAGAUCAUUAUUGGAUUUUAAGGAGUUUCACAGGCAAUUGAAGAAGAGGUUUCCCCUUGAGAAUCCUUUCCGCAAGAGAGACAGAGUGAUUCCCAAAUUCAGAGCCAUAGCUAUAAGGAGAAAGAUCCAGAAGAAGGAUCCUAGUUGGUCAAUGCGUCGGAUGAAUUUACUGGAAAACUACUGUAGCGAGCUGCUCAGGUGUGACCCCGUGGUGAGCUGCAGUUCAGAGGUCACCCAGUUCUUCAUGCCCAAAGACCACGACCUGCAGGCAGACUUCACCAAAAACAGUGUCAUGAUCCUACCAUCGGGGGAUGGGCUGGAGGACAUGAGCGGGCAGCGUCUGAGCCUGGGCAACGUGACACACCCUUUUGUGAGCCAGUCUUACUGCUGUGUGGGGCCCUACAACACCAAGGACACUAAGAACAGGCCCUUUAAAGUGGCCUUGGAUGAGAGGCUGGAUGUGCUCAUCAAAGACCCAGCAGGCUGGUGGCUGGUGGAGAACGAGGACAAACAGUUGGCCUGGUUCCCUGCUCCUUACUUAGAGAUGUGUGAGGCAGAGAAGGAUGGAGAUGAAUUGGAUGGAAUUCCCUUGGGGGGAACUCUCUACUGCGCUGUGAGGAGUUACUCCACUAAGAAGCAUGACGAGGUGCCUGUUCCUAUUGGCUCUGUGGUCGAGGUGCUGAGGAAAUCCGACGACGGAUGGUGGCUCAUCAGGUAUAAAGGCAGAACGGGCUACUCUCCCUCCAUGUACCUGCAGCCUUACAACAACCCACGUGCUGGCCUCCACAACCUGCAGAGAAAGCUGCACAGCUCCUCUCUCAAUCUGGCAACCCACAUGGACAGCUCUACUCUCAACUUGGCAUCCAGCAGAGACAGCCAAUAUGGCAACUGUUACCCACCCACACUGUAUGAGGAGACAGGGCUGCAGCAGCACACAUCAACCCAGACCAGGGAUGAUCCGUACCGGGCCUCCUGUCUCCAGAAGACCCGCUCUCUGGAGCUCCUGUCUGAGACCCGUCCCGACAUGGCCGUCCAUCCAUCCCAAAGAGAGAGAGAAGACCUUGAGUUAAAUCCGGAUUCAGCAAUCCGCAAGAGCAGCAUCAGCUGGACCAAGUCCUCCUACUCUGACAUCAGCUCGUCAGGCCGGAAUGUCAGGACGUCUUCUUCCAGCUGCAGUGAGGAGGAGCCCCAGAGCCCCCCAAACAGCCCCAGGUCUUCACCCCAGCUUAGGGAGAACAACAAUGGCUGCAGCAUCCCAGAAAAGAGUCUGUCAUCCAGCCCUAUCUCCAGGUCUGAGACUGGGUCCUGUAAGAUGCCCACCACUGCACCCAGGGUUCCCCCUCGACCCAGAGCCCAGGAGAUCCUGACCCGGUGUACCACCAUGACCCGCAAGGCUGCCUUGGCCUCCAGAGGGAGGCUGUUCUCCUUGCAGGACCCCGUCCAGACCCACUAGAAAGGCUGGGAGCGGUGGCGGGGGACCUGGGAGAUGGGGUUAUGGGGAACCGUGGGUGGUGGAGAGUGGGGUUUUUGGGGUUACAUUAUUCUCUCCAGGUUGACUUUACAUGAAGCGCAGUACUUUGAGUAUGGCUUGCAAUACUAGGGUUACAUUUGCAUAAAAAUGCCUAUUCUGUAUGUUACGUUAACCAUAAUUCCAUCCAACCAUUUUUAUACAAAUAAAGUACCUGUUGAACAAAAAAAUCACUACAGGACUGAUGGAAACGGUAUAAUCAUUAGUAAACUUUCUAAAUCUUGACAGAACAAAAUACAUAAAGCAGGGGAAUACAUUUUUGUCUGUGAAAUACACUCCAUGACCAAAAGUAUGUGAACAACUGCUUGUCGAAUAUCUCCUUCCAAAAUCAUGGUCAUUAAUAUGGAGUUGGUCCCCCCUCUGUUUCUUUACCAGCCUCCACUCUUCUGGGAAGACUUUCCACUACAUGUUGUAGCAGUACUUCCAUUCAGCCACAAGAGCAUUAGUGAGGUCGGGCACUGAUGUUGGGCGAUUAGGCCUGGCUCACAGUCGGCGUUCCAAUUCAUCCCAAAGGUGCUAGAUGGGUUUGAGGUCAGGGCUCUGUGCAGGCCAGUCAAGUUCUUCCACACUGAUUCCGACAAACCAUUUCUGUAUGGACCUCGCUUUGUGCACAGGGGUAUUGUCAUGCUGAAACAGUAAAGUGCCUUCCCAAAACUGUUGCCAAACAAUUGGAUGCACAGAAUCGCCUAGAAUGUCAUUGUUAUGUUGUAGUGUUCAGUUUUCCCUUCACUUAAUCUAAAAACAGCCCCAGACCAUUAUUCCUCAUCCACCAAACUUUACAGUUGGCACUAUUGGGGCAGGAAGUGUUCUCCUGACAUCCACCAAACCCAGAUAAGUCCAUCGGACUGACAAAUGUUGAAUCGUGACUCAUUACUCCAGAGAACACAUUACCACUGCUCCAGAGUCCAAUGGAGGCGAGUUAAACCACUCCAGCCGAUGCUUGGUGAUCUUAGGCUUGUGUGCGGCUGCUCGUCCAUGGAAAACCAUUUUAGUUAUUGUGCUAAUGUUGCUUCCAGAGGCAGUUUGUAACUCAGUGAGUGUUGCAAUCAACUGAGGACAGAUGAUUUUUACGCGCUUCAGCACUUGGCAGUUCCGUGCUGUGAGCUUGUGUGGCCUACCACCUCGCGGUUGAGCCAUUGUUGCUCCUUGACGUUUAGACUUCACAAUAACAGAACUUACAUUUGACCGGGGCAGUUCUACCAUGGCAGAAAUCUGACAAACUGACUUGUUGGAAAGGUGGCAUUCUAUGACUUCCACGUUGAAAGUCACUGAGCUCUUCGGUAAGGCCAUUCUACUGACAGUAUUUGUCUAUGGAGAUUGCAUGGCGGCGUGCUCGAUUUUAUACACCUGUCAGCAACGGGUGUGGCUGAAAUAGCCAAAUCCACUCAUUUGAAGGGGUGUCCACAUACUUUUGUAUAUAUAGCGUAGAUCAUGCACCAAAUGCAGUGGAAAUGCUUUAAUGUGCGUUUGAGGAAUAAUCCUCAUGUGGCAGUAAACUUUCAGUCACGUGAUGUUAUGUUGUGUAGUCCUCCCACUACGACUUGGAAAAGCACACAGUUUAUUAGUCUACAGAUUCAAUUAGUAAUGAUGAACCUCACAGGGUGGUGAAAGUGCAUGGUGAUGAUGAGCUUGAUACUCCUUAAAAUAUCCUAAUUUUAUGCUGGUGACAUGUUGAUCGGGGCUUGGCUGUCAAUUGACAAAUAAAUAUGAUCUUGCGUUUAUCCAUAAUCAGAUUUAAAAGAUGGGAUGGAAACACAUUGUACUUAUUUAUUUUAUUAGUUAACUGAAAAAUUAUAUGACAAAGUGAUUUUUAUGUGCACUACGUAAUUACGCACAGCUUUUCACUUUCAUGAAGCCAGUCUUUCGACAAAUUGAUGGA